CGGCGUGGCUGGUACUGUGAGAGUAUGGACGGCUCUAGCGUGGUGCCCAGCGAUCUCUUCCCGCACGUUCUGCGCUUUUUGCGGGAGAACAAGUUUACUAACGCUGCCAACGAGUUCAGCAAAGCUACUGGGGUGAAAGACAAUGAUUCCUGUCCAACAUCUCUUCUGAAUAUAUUUAGCGACUGGAUGAAGUCACCAGAUGCAAAGAAGAGAAAGCCAUCAGCUAAUGGUUUGCCUAAGAAAAAGCCUACAAACGAGUCUUCCAGCAGCGAAGACAGCUCCAGUGAGGAGGAUGAACCUCCUGCAAAAAAAAUAGCAACUCAGUCUGCUGAAGGGAAGAAGCCUGUUGUGAAAGGCGUCCAAGCAAAAAAAGCAAAGAGCAGCAGCGAGGACUCCAGUGAUGAAUCUGAUUCUGAAAAAGAAACAAAGAAACCUCCUGUUAAAAAACCCGCACAAACACCAAAGGGAGCAGCUUUAAAAACACCAACUCAAAAGAAGGCUGAGAGCUCCAGUUCUGAAUCCAGCAGCUCAGAAGAUGAAGCCUCUAAGAAGAAGAAGCAAUCUGUGACUAAAGUCCCUCCAAAGCAGACAGUAGUAAAGGCUGGUUUAGCAAACGACAAUCAAAAAGCAGCAGACUCAAGUAGCAGUGAGGACUCUGACAGCCCCCCAGAAAAGAAGUCUGCUGCUCCAAAGACACCUCCAGCCAAACCCGCCACAGCAGCUAAGCCACAAGCAAAGAAGACAGCAGGGAAGAAGUCCAGUAGUGAGGACUCUUCAGACAGCUCAGAUGAAGAGGCAAAGCCUGCAAAAAGCAAACCAAAGCCAGGUGUCUAUAGUGCUGUACCACCACCUACUAUGAAUUCUAAGAAAAAGGCUUCUUCACAGCCUGGCACCAAAACUAAGGCGGAAAGCAGUGACUCUUCAGACAGCAGUGAUGAUGAACAGCCACCAAAAAAAGCUAAAAUUGUUCCAGCAAAGAUUACUGCAUCUGUCCCAAAACCCUUGGCCAAGAAAGCAGAGACCAGCUCAGACAGUGAAUCUGAUUCCAGCAGUGAAGAUGAAAAGCCAAGUGUAAAGGUUGCCCCUAAAAAGGCUGCUGCAAAGCCAGAUGCUAAAAGCACUCCAGCAGCUGCUGCUAAAAAGUCUGCCCCAGCAAAGAAGGCUUCCAGCUCUUCAGACUCUGACUCUAGCAGUGAUGAAGAGACUACACCUAAACCUUCCACAAAAAUUACUCCUGCAAAGAGUGCUGCUACACCAACUUCCAAAACACCCACAACUAGCAAAGCAACACCAACAUCAAAGACCUUGCCUGCAAAACAAGGAACCCCCAAAACUUCCAAAAAGGAUUCAAGCUCCUCAGACAGCAGUGACUCAAGCAGUGAUGAAGAUGAGAAGAAAACCCCUGCCAAACCUGCUGCUAAAACCACUCCUGCCAAGCCUGCUGCUAAAACCACUCCUGCCAAGCCUGCUGCUAAAACCACCCCAGGCAAGAAAGCUCCAACUAAGAAAGAAUCCAGUUCUUCAGAUAGCUCAGAUUCCAGCAGUGAAGAUGAAAAGAAAUCCUCUGCAAAGCCAGGAGUUAAGACUACACAUGGGAAAGCUGCUUCCAAGACAGAUGCUUCUGCUGCUGCAAAGUCUGUUCCUGCAAAGAAGGCUUCCAGCUCUUCAGACUCUGACUCUGAUAGCUCAGAAGAGGAGACCACGAAAACUACUAAGCCACUUAAUAAGCCGUCCCCAGCAGUAAAGUCUCUGCCUUCCAAGAAAGCAGAAAGCAGCUCUGACAGCAGUUCCAGUGAUUCAGAUUCUAAGAAGAAAACAAAACCCGCAAAGCCACCAGCCAAAGCUACAACACCAGUUACCCCCAAGGUCCAAGUUCAAAACAAAAAACCUUCUAAGGCUAACAGCACUGAUUCAAGCAGCGAAGAGGAGGGGAAAAGCAAGCAAACUACUGGGAAAUCCCCAGCUGCUAAGGCUACUGUUCCUCCAAAGAAGAGCCCAGUGGCUGUUAAUAAGGCAAAGGCCAGCAGCAGCUCCUCAUCAGACAGUUCCAGCGAUGACGAAAAACAAAAACCUAAACAACCACCAGCAGCAAAGGAUGUGAAGCAAGGAGCAAAGGCCACAAAGCCAGCUCCAAAGAAAGCUGCAGAUAGCAGUUCUGAAGACAGUAGCUCAGAAGAUGAUGACUUAAAGGCUACAAAAACAAAUACUGCUAUUUCUAAAUCCCCAGUUACUCCCAAAGCAAAACCUGCUCCUAAAAAAGAAAGCAGCAGUGAGAGUUCUGAUUCUGAAGAUGAAAAGCAAAAAGGAAAGAAUAUCUCUACUCCCAAAACAGCAAAUUCCACUCCUAAAGCAGCUGCUGAGAGUUCUGAGGAAAGUUCUUCCAGUGAGGAUGAAGAAAAAGCUAACGGGACCUCUGGAAAACGGAAAAGAGGGGAAAGUACAGGCAAUGCAGAAUGUGAAACUAUGACACCAGAAAACAAGAAAUUGAAAGCUAAAACUCCAAACACAUUUCCCAAGGUUAACAAGAAGGAACACAACAAAAAUACUCCAUUUCGGAGGGUGAGAGAAGAAGAAGUAGAAAUCAAUCCUCUGAUGACUGAUAAUGCAUUUGAAGCAAAGAAAGGAGCACAAGGAGACUGGGGUGAAAAGGCCAAUAAUGUCCUUAAAUUCACAAAGGGAAAAUCAUUCAGACACGAGAAGACCAAGAAGAAACGUGGCAGUUACUGCGGAGGUGCAAUUUCCACAUCUGUCAAUUCAAUCAAGUUUGACAGUGAUUAAAAGGAUUGUAAGGAAGAACUUUUUCCUGGUUCAACCACAAGCACACGAGCUAGGGAACGGUGGCAUCAUUUAAGUCUGAGCGAAUUCCGACGAGUCGAUACGUUUAUUAGCAGUUUCCAGCAGCAUUUUUGCAGUUCAACAAUGGACGAAAGACAUGUAGGUCAAUUUGUGACCAACCUAUGGAUUCAGAAGUUUUGAGCAUAACAGGCUUAUCCUAUGUACAGUUUGUUUCAGUUGAUUGUUUUUAUGUACUAAUUUCAAUUCCAAAAUGAAAGCUUUUGUUUUAAAAGUUUUAUUUGUCUGAUUUUCUGGAAUCUUGAAAUAAAAUUUUCCAGUUGGCAUAAUGGGGCAUCUUCCCCUUAAAAUA